UGCUCAAGGAUCAAUAAAGUGCAAGUAAGAGUUUCUAUAUAGAAGUCUAGUCAUGUUUUCUUGGCUUACUAUUUGUGGAUUUGCAAAAUAAAAAAACUCUGCACUAGAACGCUAGCUAUUGGUAGCUGCAUGCAAGAGUGAGAAGAGAGCUGCAAGGCUCUGCUGACUUGCAGCCAUUAAUUUUAUACUUGAACUUUUGGCAUCGAUCGUUUUUAACAACAAUCAUGGUCGAUCAUUACCCACUAUUUGAGUUUCCCUGACAAAAUUUAAAAUGUUUAUCAUGAUAAUUAUAAUCAAUGUGUGUAUAAAAGCUAGCUAUUAGUAGUUUUAUGUUAUGUAGCUUUGGCACCUCCACUGAGGCACCAGCACCCGCGGUGCUUUCAUUAAUACUGAAAUGGAAGAUGUCUGUGAUACCUACUGUAUUACUAGAAUGUUUUGCGAGUAUCAAACAUUUGCGAAUUUUGCGAGGGUUGAUCAAUUCGCAACAAUAAUAUCCACAAAACCUAAAUUAUUACUAGUAAAUACACACGAUCCUUGCCAGAACGCAAUAGUUAGAUCGCAAAGGGUCAAAUUUUCUGCUGAUUUGGCUCUUUCGCAAAGGUUUUUCACCCGCAAAAUAUUCUAGUAAUACGGUAUAUAGACUUGGCAAGACAGGAAUGGGCAAAAGCACAACUGCAUGCAGACAGGUUGCUAGUUGUAGACUAUGCAUGUUACAGUUUACGUGGGCGUCCGUGACCUUCCUUAUCUGGUGGUGGUCAUUUCUUACCAUAAUAGUUGCUAUGAUUAGUUUCACUGUUGUGUACACUGAGUAACCUUUGGCCAAAGCAUAUAAUAGGCUUCAAAGGGAAAUGCUGGAAAUAACAAUCUCCACCCACAUCUAGAGAGUUGAUUAGUUUGCAGUAGUGAAGCUUUAACAUUGCAAUGGCAGAUGUAAGUGAUACCUAUAUAGAUUUUCUUGUGCUGGGUAAGACAGGAAUGGGCAAAAGUACCACAGCAGACAGGUUGCUGGUUGCUGAUUCUGUUACAGUACCAGGUGUCUUUGAUAUGACCCCUGUGGAAAAAAAAGGCGGCAAUACACAGCUAGAUGAUAUUCUAAUCUGGAGACUUAGCGGACGGAGUGUGGAAGAUGUUAAAGAGCGUGUCAAGUUCUUUUUGGGAAAUAGAGCUGUCGGUAUUACUGGUAUUGAUGCCGUUGAUCCUAAUAAAAAAAGCCCUGACUCGGUUACGAAAGAUUGUGUUUUAUUGUCAAACGAAAAGACUCGGAUUCGUGUUCUUGAUGUUCCAGGUUUCCACACCUCUCUGUCCUCUCAGCAAGCAGCUGCCCAACAAGUAGCCAAUCAAGACAACCUAGGCAUCAUGCGACAAAUCCUCCGAAUUCAAGCUGUAAAGCAGCUGCACUUUCGUCGUAUUCUUUACUUUCUGCCUUCUCGUGGUGUUUGUGAAAGAGCUGAUUGCAACUUCCAGGAGGAGCUUAAGGUUAUGUAUCAUUAUUUUGGUCGUGUUAUUUUCGAUUCGAUGAUUGUCAUAGCUACAAUGCAUCCUCGAAGGAGCAAGGUGAAUGCAUUUAGUGUUGAAGACUUUGAAGACAAUCGAGUAACACUAACCCGUGCCUUUCAACUUGCCCUCGCUGCCAAAGGUCAGAAUCCAGAUGAGGUUCAAGACAUCCCAAAGCCUCCAAUCUCUUACCUGUCUUUGGUAGCAACCGGCUCUGAUAUACUCAAAGAAUUGCGACAGACAAGAGUAACAAGAAUGGAUGGAUUACAACUGCACCUUCAAGAGAACACUUGCGCUCGAUGCUCCCUCAAAUUUGGUGUGCACAGGAUGGCAACUCUCGUUGAGCCAGUGGUUUCAAUUCGACAGAAUGAUGGUGAACGCUCUGCGUAUGACCAAUCAAAGUGCCACCCUUUCAUCACACGAAAGUAUAGUAAGAUACAAAGGUUUUUGGGAGGUGUGGCAUACAUUGUGUUGCUUGGAAUUCCAAAACUGGCUGGCAACCCUUGGCCUGGGUUUUUCAAUCACGAUGAGGAGUGUGCAAAAUGCAAGAAUCCUCCUGGAUCUCCCGGCUGUACUCUGCUUGGUGAGGAAUGGGUAAUGGCAGGGAACAAGGAUAAAGUCGACCAUGAUAGUAAACUGGAUCAAGUAGUAGUGCAACCAUAGCUUUCAUUGCUGUUUAUGUGUGUUCAGUAAUUUAUCUUGUUAUUGUCAUAAUCUUUUUGUUUACCCAUAACAUUGUUCCCAUGGAUAUUGAGUGAUAAGAGAAUGGAUAAUGAGUGUGGUCACAUGAUAAUUAAUUGUGCACACACAAAUAUUAAACACACACACUAGUGCUUGUAUAAAACAAAUACCUAUAUACUGUACAGAAAUCAAUUAAUAGAGGUCUCACUGCUACUUUCGAUGCUGGCAUCAAUUAAUAGAGGUCUCACUGCUACUUUCGAUGCUGGCUCGUGCUCUUUUCGUAUCCAUAUUGUAGGUGUGGUCAACUUUGAUUGGUUGGUAUCCAUUUUCCUCGUAUAUUGUAUUCACUUGCUUACACCCCUGAGCCCCGGGGCCUUUGUGACAGCUGAUACACUUCUCCUCGCUGAAAUUCCACUCUAAAAGAAGCAGUCGUGCGAAUCCGCGAAAAACUGAACGUGCUGUAUAUGUCGAGUGCAUGUACGGAUGACAUAAUGACUGUUUGUACGGUAUUGCAUUGCUCCAAGGGGCUUCCCCUGGCCCUCUAUACUCAGCCAUCAAAGUAUCGUCUUCUUGGACGCCAGUCUCUAUACCACAGCGGCAGCACGUGUUUGUGUUGAACUCCAAUUUCAGCCCAUCAUUGCUGUCGUUCUCAAUAUCUGCUGAUGUUAUCUUGUCCAAAAUCUGCUCACAGGUGUCUGUCAUGGUGAUUAAAAUGAUUGGUGGUCUAGGUAGUCUGGUUGUGUCCUUCCUCUUCUCUUGAUACUCCCUAACUAGAGCUUCACAAAAGAGAUUUCUGCUUUGUUCCAGUUUUUUCGCUGGAAAUUUUUGCUCUGUAGAUAGACUGAGAUCUUCACUCGUGUGGCUGGCAGCUGUGCCCACAAGCACCAUGCGCUUAAAGAUGGAUACACCGAAGAAUUUUACCAUUUCUUGGAUUUCUUGUUGAAUCACUCGAUCUGCUCUUUUUAGUGGGCCGGUUGGUAGAAAGUAAAGAACGCGUUGAAAUCUUAGCCCAGCCAGUGCCUGGAUACGGACAAUGUGUCGCACAACAGCUAAAUUGCUGUCUUUCGUGUUUGUAGCUCCUUCCAUGAAAUCGGCGCUAAAGAAACCAGGAGUGUCUAGAAUUUGAAUCCUUGAGUUUUCGUUUGUCAAAAGUUGGCAGCUUCUUGAGCUCUUGUAUACGCUCUCCCGCAGGUCAUCGGCAUUUCUAAGUUCAUCAAUGUUUAUAUGUGGCUCUUUUUCGUAUGUUUGUCGACAAAAUAUGAUAUUUUUAAGUCUGAUUAAGAAGUUUGCAUGCUCAUCUUGAUCGGUAGAUAACACCCAUCCCGUCAAAUUCUCCCAUUGUGUCUUGUCUCUGUGCAUGUCUAAACUUUCAUCUAGCCCUCUAUUUUCACCGUGAGCUCCGCUUACUUCUUCUAUUCCUGAGCCUCUUUUUUGGUCAGUAGAAGUUUUCUUCAGAGGUUUUCUCGAGUUUACAACCUCCCCUCUUCUUUGUCGGUUGUUUUGCGCUGCUGUGGAGCUAACGAUUUGUAUAUUGCUUCGAUGUAAAUCACUCGUUUCGAUUUCAUCGUGUUCUUGCUUGGGUAUUGUCACUACAGGUGUGUUCGGGACCAUUACCUUGUCGACAGUGGAACUUUUACCCAUUCCAGUUUUCCCGACAACUAGAAUGUCAUAAUAAUAGUCUGUAGCCGCUUCUGCUUCUGGAGGUUCUUCUAGAGAAUAUUGCUGUUUGUUGUCAGGCUUUGUUUUCACUUCAUCAUCCGUGUCUGUAUUGUAUUCAAUGGUUUGCUGGCUUGCAGUGGAGAUUUCUGUUCUACUGAAUUCAGCCAUUGUCUCUAGAUUAUCUGUGUUGUGUGGAGGUGUGGGUGUGUCAUACACUCCCAUAUAUGUCUAGUCAUGUGGUUGAUUGUGUUCUUUAUGUGGUUUGGUUCUGUAUACAUGACAUUGUAAGUGUUUCUUUUAUCAAGUCUUAACUGAUCUUACUGUUAAUUUUUGUUGCAUGAACGUUACGUAUCUGAUGGGUAAUUACCACGUGUACUUGUCUUACAAAAAGUAUGUCCAUUUCUGCCUAUCCAUGUUUUGUGAUUAGCGUUUUUUGGGAUCAAAUCAUGCUUUAACAAGAAAAGAUAAUUAUGUAUUACCAGGAGCACAUAAAGAGAAUUAUCUUCAUGUGCUCCUGGUAAUAUCGGGUACAAGUCUUCGAACUGUAGCCCUGAAAUAUCCACAUUUAUAUUUCUGCCUCCCUCAUCACCAUUUCCCUAUGACCUUACUACCUUCACAAUUACCAUGGAUACUGAGUGAUAAUUAGAAUUCACAUGCUAGAUGUUAGUGCAUGUGCCAUUUUCUUCUUGUCUUACAAAAAGAUAAUUUUACGUGUACGUGUUCCUAUACAGUAUCGUUUUACUUGAAUGUUUUACAAGCACGCGAAAUUUGCGAGGGUUGAUCGAUUCGCAACAAUAAAAUUGCAAAACCUAAACUAGUACUGGUAAAUACACACGAUCCUUGCCAGAAUGAAAUAUAUAGUUAGAUCCCAAUCAUUUUUGGCUGAUUUGCCUCAUUCGCAAAAGUUUUAGUAUAAUAGGUAUACCUAUAUACAUACAUGCAUGUGACAUUUCACUUGUUUACCCACGUUACUAUGGCUACUGAGAGAUAAAGAGAGAAUGCACAUUAUCACAAAACAACAACAUCUGUCUGCCCACACAAGUACUCCACAUUUUGUGAGGUUUUCUUGAAUAAGUACAUGUAUAUCUGCCCUCUUUUAUAUAGGCCAAUAACUGUAUUAUUAUGUGUAUAACGAUUAACUAAUGCCCAUGCUUAUGCUCCCCACUUGUUGUGUAUAUAGUCUGUGUAUAUAGUCUGUGCUCAAAUGCAUCAAAAAUGGACAAACAAAUUUAUGUGCAUGGUUAUAGAUACAUAAUUAGUGCACACAAUUAUGAUAACAGCAUAUAUUGCAAAAUAUUCUAACACACCAUAUGUUCAUUGAAUGGUAGUUUUAGCAAUCUUCUUUUUGACUACCUUGUCAUUGACAUUGUCCGAGUGAUCGACACGAAUGGGCUCGUACCCAUCCUCUUCGUGCAUUGUCCCGAUUUUUUUGCAUCCGAUAGACCCCAAGGGCAACCUGCAUUUUGAAUUGAAGCAUCUCUCUUCAGUGAAGUGCCACUUGAACAGCAUGAUCUUAGCGAUGCCUUUUAGAACUGACCGAGCUGUAUACAUAGGUAGCAUUGCUGGAUGGCACGUAGAGUCUUCGUAGGGUACCGUAAUAUCACCACCUGAACGAAAGCGCCGUGUACAUGCAAAUUUCUCGCCAUCUUUGUCGCUUAUCUCUGCAGGGCAUCGGCAGCAUUGGUUGCUUCGAAACUGUACAGUGAGGCUGUCAUUGUUUUGCACGUGUGCUGUCGUAAUUUUCACAAGAAUUUCUUUACAGGUGUCCGUCAUUGCAAUGAAGAUAAUCGGAGGCUUUGGAAGAUUGGUGUAGUCUUCUUUUCGUUCUUUGAAUUCUCGUUCCAAUGUCGUGUAGAAAAGCUCUUGGCUUUUAUCUAAAUCAGCUUUUGAGAAUUUCUUUUCAUCUUCCAUUUCCAUUUUGCUAAAAUUGACCGGGACAGUUCCUACAAGCACCAUUCUCGAGAAGAUAGAUUUGUCAAAGUAUUUUACCAUGCAAGAUAUCUCACUUUGAAGUACUCGAUCGCCCCUCGUCAACGGACCACAGUCCGGGAGAAAGUAGAGGACUCGGCGAAUUUGUAAGCCAGCAAGUGUUUGAAUUUGAACAAUCCUCCGAACAAUCGCUAAAUUGCUGUCCACUUCAUUUGUUGCUCCACCUUGGAGCUUGGGACUGUAGAAUCCUGGGGUAUCCAAAACUUGAAUCAUUGUGGCAUCAUUCGUCAUUAACAUGCAGUUGUUUGUACUUUCAUAGACUUCAGCAUAGUCUUUCUCUUCUCUGAGUUUGUCAAUUUGUUCAUGAGAUGGUUGAUCGCUAAUAGCCCUGCAGAAUAAGAUAUUUUUGAGUCUAGUAUCAGCUUUUUCGUGCUCUUUCGCAUCAUCAGAUGAUACCCAACCUGUAAGGCUCUCGUAUUGAAUUUUGACUUUAUGAUCGUCACUACCAUCACCGGUAGCCUCCUCCGUAAGCCUUCCGUGAUUGCUAGCGCUAGCACCUUCAGUUUUUUGUUUAUCAGAAUUUGGUACUGGAUUUAUGGGCUCAGUGCUUUCCUGUGUAGCAUCUCCUUUUUCAAUUUGUAGAUCUAGUGGUGAAUUUAGAACCAUCAGUUUGUCAGCAGUGGAGCUUUUGCCUCUUCCAGCUCUACCUAGCAGCAAGAUGUCAUAAUAGCCUUUUCCAGUUGCAGGAGGGUUUUUUCGGGAUCUCUUUUGCUCUUUAGUAGGCUUUCUUUUCACUUCAUCACCCAUGUUUAAUAUCUUUGUUUUUUUCUCUACAUGUGAGUGGAAACCUUAAUUGUGCUGAAGUCACCUGACGUCAAUGAAUUUCACUUCCCCAAUUUUUAAACCAUGCAUAGUGUUAUUGAGUGGGUAAUGCAAUUUAAGGCACUGUGCAUCUCAGAAAAUACUAUGGUGCAAUCCUCGCUCAGUCAUUAAAUGUUGCUUGGCUUAUGACGUCAUUUAAUGUAAAGAUGUUGUAAUGAAUGUAGUGAUAGGCACGUAAGAAAGCAAGGUUUGUGUAUUCAAUAAAGACAGUGUAGAACCUCUUUGUGAGAUCCAAAGUGGGCCAGAGAGUCUUGUGUUGAUGUACACUACAUAAUUAUUGUGAGAAGCGCUAGGGUAGAGAAGUAGCUAGAUCUAGCUGGAGAUGUUUGUGUAAUGAUCGUUUUUGUGGCAGAUCGUCACGGUAAGAACCAUAGUUGAAGUAAGUUCACUAACGGCCGUGCAGAGCUUCACUGUGGGAUGAGAAGUCGUUCAGAGAGUAUAGCGUUGAUGUAGAGUACCUGUGCUGAGUUUAGAGCGAAACCGCUUGACUGGAGAGUAACUGGAGCUAGAUCUAGUUUUAAUCGACCAAACACUACCACCACUACCACCGUUGAUCUCGAUUGAACCUAGCACGAUUAUAGCCUUGCUUCGCUCGGAAUUAUAUAAUUAUUCAUGCGCCUCGGGGUAUAAUUAUUAUAUAUGCCUCAGCCACUACCUCAGGCUGACUAUAUACGGCUAAGAAACCUACUACACUUGUUCAACAAAUACAUAAUGACAACACUGAUGUUCCUGCCACCUAUUACGAUGUAUGUGUCAUUGCAUUAAGUUUAUGGCACGUACGUACACCAUCCUAUAGUGGUUGUUUUUAUGUGUGUGUACUGAACUACUGGCAGAGGAGGCAGGGUUUUUUGUCACAUAAUGAUUUUAGCAAAGAAAAUGUGUUACCGUGUCUUCAAACUGUGGCCCUGAAAGAUCCACAUUUCUGCCUUCCUCAUCACUAUUUUUGUAUGACCUUACUAUAAGAAAAUGGAAUAAUAAUUAUCAUAAUUAUAUAGAAGCACUAAAAUGUAUUUAGUGCAUACAAAAAGAACAGAUUUUACGUCUACAUGUUCCUAUAAUAUACAAUAUGUGACAUUUCACUUGUUUACCUACGUUACUAUGGCUACUGAGAGAUAAAAAGAGAAUGCACAUUAUCACACAAACAACAACAUGUGUUUUUGCCCACACAAGUACUCCACAUUUUGUGAGGUUUCCACAAUAAUUGAAUAAGUAUAUCUGACUCUUUUAUAUAGGCCUAUAACUGUAUUAUUAUGUAUAACGAUUAACUAAUGCCCAUACUUAUGCUCCCCACUUGUUGUGUAUAUUGUCUGUGUAUAUAGUCUGUGCUCAAAUGCAUCAAUAAUGGAGAAAGACUGUGGUUAUAAUUUAUAGAUACAUAAUUAGUGCACACAAUUAUGACAACAGCAUUAUUAUAUUGCAAAAUAAACUAACACACCAUUAUGUUCAUUGAAUGGUAGUUUUAGCCUUCUUUUUGACUACCUUGUCAUUCACAUUGUCCGAGUGCUCGACACGAAUGGGCUCGUACCCAUCCUCUUUGUGCAUUGUCCCGAUUUUUUUGCAUCCGAUAGACCCUAUGCGCAACUUGCAUUCUGAAUUGAAGCAUCUCUCUUCAGUGAAGUGCCACUUGAACAGCAUGAUCUUAGCGAUGCCUGUUAGAACUGACCGAGCUGUAUACAUAGGUAGCAUUGCUGGAUGGCACGUAGACUCUUUGUAGGGUACCGUAAUAUCACCACCUGAACUAAUGCGCCGUGUACAUGCAAAUUCCUUGCCAUCUUUGUCGCUUUUAAUCUCUGCAGGGCAUCGGCAGCAUUGGUUGCUUCGAAACUGUACGGUGAGGCUGUCAUUGUUUUGCACUGGUGCUGUUGCAAUUUUCACAAAAAUUUCUUCACAGGUAUCUGUCAUUGCAAUGAAGAUAAUCGGAGGCUUUGGAAGAUUGGUGUAGUCUUCUUUUCGUUCUUUGAAUUCUCGUUCCAGUGUCGUGUAGAAAAGCUCUCGGCUUUCAUCUAAAUCAUCUUUUGAGAAUUUCUUUUCAUCUUCCAUUUCCAUUUUGCUAAAAUUGACUGAGACAGUUCCUACAAGCACCAUUCUCGAGAAGAUAGAUUUGUCGAAGUAUUUUACCAUACAAGAUAUCUCACCUUGAAGUACUCGAUCGCUCCUCGUCAAUGGACCACAGUCCGGGAGAAAAUAGAGAACUCGGCGAAUUCGUAAGCCAGCAAGUGUUUGAAUUUGAACAAUCCUCCGAACAAUCGCUAAAUUGCUGUCCACUUCAUUUGUUGCUCCACCUUGGCGAUUGGGACUGUAGAAUCC